AUGAGCGGCGGCCGCGUCACCUUCAAAAUCAUCCUGACCAGCGACCCGAAGCUGCCAUUCCGAGUCUUUACGGUGCCAGAGGAGGCCCCUUUCACCGCGGUGCUCAAGUUUGCAGCAGAGGAGUUCAAGGUGCCACCUGCAACCAGUGCCAUCAUCACCAACGAUGGCGUAGGCAUCAACCCGCAGCAGACGACUGGCAACGUGUUCCUGAAGCACGGCAGCGAGCUGCGGCUCAUCCCCCGAGACCGUGUGGGCAGCAGCCAGCAGCAGCAAUGGGCCACAGCGCCGGCAGCAGCAGCACCCUGCGGCUCGGCACCACAAUGA